GCGAGCUCUAUCUACGGCAGCAGUGUGACAGUUGAAGCGCCGCUCUCUCCUCCAGCCCGCUUGUCGUCGUCGUGUUGUGUGGAACGCAAGGAGGAGACGCGGCGGCCAUGGUGGCACCUGCUUCAGGGGCAGCGCGAAGUGCGCACAACGAUGUGGUUCCUAAGAAGAGGAAGGGGCCCGGUGCCCUGGCCACGGCCUACCUGGUCAUAUACAACGUGGUGAUGACAGCGGGGUGGCUCGUGAUAGCCGUUGGCCUGGUGCGUGCGUAUCUGGCAAAAGGAAGCCAUCACGGUCUUUAUUACUCGAUAGAGAAGCCCCUGAAGUUCUUUCAGACUGGAGCUCUGCUGGAGAUUUUACACUGUGCUGUAGGAAUUGUGCCAUCAUCGGUGGUACUCACAGGGUUUCAGGUGAUGUCUCGUGUGUUCCUGACCUGGGCGGUGACACACAGUGUGAAAGAGGUCCAAAAUGAAGACAGCAUUUUGCUUUUUGUAGUCGCCUGGACAGUAACUGAGAUAAUCCGCUACUCUUUUUACACAUUCAGCCUUCUAAAUCAUCUUCCUUACCUCAUUAAAUGGGCCAGGUACACUCUGUUCAUUGUUUUGUACCCCAUGGGUGUCGCAGGUGAACUGCUCACGAUCCACGCAGCUUUGCCGUACGUCCAGAAGACCGGCUUAUACUCUGUGAAGCUGCCCAAUAAGCUGAACUUCUCCUUCGAUUACUACACAUUCCUCACCCUGGUCAUGAUUUCCUACAUUCCAAUUUUCCCUCAGUUGUACUUCCACAUGUUGAGGCAGAGAAAGAAGGUGCUGGCAAGUGGAGAAGAACACAAGAAAUCCCACUAAGGCUGGCGUCGUCUGCCCCCUCGAGCCCCCCGGCGCACGGCAGAUGUGUCUGAUUAGUGUUAGUGUUCAGAAAUCCAAGAUAACCUGCUGUAAAGUGCGCUGGGUUUGGCUUGGCAGGAACUUUAGAAUCGAGUUCAUCGUUUGGUGUUGAUUCCUUGAAAGAGCGAACGCCGACUCCUCUGCGGUUUAAAAUAAUUUAUUUCAUGCCAGACUUUUAACAUUUCCCUUAGCUAUUUAGUUUGCUUCUUCAAGGUUGUCACAUUUUAAUUACAUUCCAAGCAUACAAAUGCAAAGAUUUGGUUUGCACACUUGACUUGAUUAUUUUUCUUUUUUAAUAAAUAAUCUUUCCUUUUACGUUUGGCUUUUGACACAAUGUCAUUUCCAGAACAGAUUACCUGUUGUUGAUAUUUUUUCCUGAAAAGGAAGUAAUUUUUAAGAAAAAUGAGCAUUUUGUACUCUGGGUAAUUUGUCAUUUAGUUUAUACUGUACACCAUAAGAUUAAAUAUAUAAAUAUAUAUAUAUUUUUUUUUUUUUACAGAUUAACAAUGCAAUUAAAUCUUGUAAGUAAUGAAUUACUGUACAUGCCAGCAACUUGUAUGUUUCAGUUAUAAUAUUUUGCUUCUUUAUAAUUGUAUGAAUAACGACCGAAAACAUUUGAUAUAAUGGAA